GAUUUUCUUAAAAAAUAUAUAGCUCGGACGACCAAAAUGUCUUCACUGCUGAAGCCAUUUUCGGUGUGCGAGGGACCGUGCGAGAGCUGCGGUGUAAAGAGAGGAUGCCCGAGCUCGGCUCAGCAGCAGCAGCAGCGGCGGCGGCGGCAGCAGCGUCUGGCCGCCGUGGCGGGGCUGGGCUCUCUGCCGGCCCACCAGCGGUCGUACGCGGCGAGGAGGAAACUGGCGGCCGCUGCGAUCGGAGGGAGGAAAAUAACGCAUCCCGGGAAGGCUAUCCUUGCAGGUGGCAUUGCAGGAGGAAUCGAGAUCUGUAUCACCUUCCCCACAGAGUAUGUCAAGACCCAGCUGCAGCUGGACGAGAGAGCCAACCCGCCACGGUACAGAGGGAUCGGCGACUGCGUGAAAUUGACCGUGCAGGAUCAUGGACUCAGAGGGUUGUACCGAGGUCUCAGCUCCCUGCUGUAUGGAUCGAUACCCAAGUCUGCAGUGAGGUUCGGCACGUUUGAGAUGCUAAGCAACCCCAUGCGAGAUGCUACAGGUCGGUUAGAUAACACGCGGAGCCUCUUGUGUGGUUUAGGAGCAGGGAUAGCAGAGGCCAUCGUGGUCGUCUGUCCCAUGGAGACGCUCAAGGUUAAGAUGAUCCAUGACCAGUGUUCCCUCAGACCUCGUUACAGAGGCUUCUUUCACGGAAUCAGCGAGAUUAUCAGAGAACAGGGUGUGAGGGGGACAUAUCAAGGUCUGACCGCGACUGUGCUGAAACAAGGAACCAAUCAGGCCAUUCGAUUUUAUGUGAUGAACGCACUGCGAAAUUGGUACAAAGGGGAUGAUCCUAGACGGGAGAUGCACCCAAUUGUCACAGCGAUGUUUGGGGCGACGGCCGGAGCUGCCAGCGUUUUUGGAAAUACACCUCUGGACGUGGUGAAGACCAGGAUGCAGGGUUUGGAGGCCCACCGCUACAAAAACACAAUGGACUGUGCCUUCCAGAUCUUGAAGCAUGAAGGACCGCAAGCGUUCUACAAAGGGACAGUUCCCAGGCUCGGCCGCGUGUGCUUGGACGUGGCCAUAGUCUUUGUCAUCUACGAGGAGGUGGUCAAACUACUCAAUAACGUGUGGAAGACCCAGUAAACUGACCAGAGGUCCAGAGGGAAGCACAGACCAGUGCCUCAUGCUACGCACAACUGAACACCUCUACUGCAGUUCAUACUAGCUCUCUGCAUUAGCCUGGAGCAGAUGACACUUUAUCUUGACCAGUUUCCACUCAUAAAAUAAAUGAUUUGCAGGACCUAUCUAAGCACAGUGAUGAAAAUGAAGGGAGAGUAGCUAGUUGCAGAAAAACAGCUCAAUUUUGCAUUUCUCUUCUUUCUCUCUAGUGGUCAGACUUAGGAUUAGAGAGGGAUCAUUUUAUUUUGAAGGACGGGAAAGAGGCAAAGUUGACUCAGUUUCUUGAGUCUUACUGCCAGACACAGGAGCAUAUGGUAUUUAGAGAAGCACAGGCAAGUAUUAUUAACCAAAGUUUCAAUUAGAAGGGUAAUGCAAAGACAAAAAGAUAUUACUUAUGUCCAAUGUUUUAACUUUCUGACUGUUGUUACCAUACAUAUUGUAGAGUGAACACUUUGUACUGAAACCAUAAAUGUGUCUUUUGAUUCACUAAGUACUUGCUAUACUGACCGAAGAACAGAGAUGCUGCUGUAUACGAACAGGCCCGCCGUAGUACGUAAAAAAAAAUGUCUGUGCAGUACUUCAACACAUCUCGGUGUUGUGAUUGCUUACUUGACUGUGCUUGUGGCAUCAUCACACCAAAGUAUUCGCAGUAUUUCCUUGCUGUGUCUUGGUGAUGAAGUUUAAGAUACUGUUCAUUGUGCAUUUAAUGGCCACCGCUUACAACAUGAGUAUGGCUGCAUGAAUUUCAAUGUGGCAUCUGUUCCGUUACUCGAACUGACAGGCUUGUUGAGGCUAUACAUGAACUGGUCUGGAGUCAGUACCUCUCCUGCAGAUUUAUUUCAGAGUUUUAACCCGGCACAAGUGAUCAUUAAGCGCAUAUUGUAAGAAAGAAAUCCAUAUGUAGCACAACCUUCACAUGCAGUCUUAAGAGUAGGAGAUGGAAGUGUGAAUACUAAGAUAUUCACUGGGUGGUUGAUUUCUCUACAGCUGUAUGUGAAGGCUUGAUUUGGGAUUAUGUGACCAGGCUGACCCAUGCUAUUUCUAACCAAGUGCUGGUGUACUGCCUAUACUUUACAAGGGAAGUCACCUCUUCUCCACGAGAUGACAAGGUGUAAACAAGUCAGACGGUGUAAGCCAUAUAACAAUGCGCCAGUAGUUUUUUUUUUUAGCACUUACUGAUUCAUUUAUCAAACAGGCUGUCCCCUAGUCAGAUAUUAUGUCACUUUAAUAUUCUUUCUUUACCUCAACCUAACCUGCUUCAUAAUGUUUUUGUACGCUAACUGUUAAUUAACCAUUUUGAAUGCAUUCAUUCUUGUCUAACAUAGUGUUUACAUAUGUUGAACUCCAACGAGGGGAAAGGAGAUCAGGUCAGAGGCUCGAUAACAAAACAAGUAUUGAAGCAAGGCUUGGUUUUGAUCGACCCAGUUGCACCGCAUGGCCUUGCACAGAAGCCUUUUAUGCCUCUUUGCCAAACUACUUCAGUAGAAUCUCCAAUGUAAUAUCCCUGAUAAGAGCUAAUCUUUAUUACAUUUUUAACCAAGAGCACCAGAAUACUGUUUAAUUUUUAUGCCUCUACCAUUUUGGUUUCAUUAACAAAAGCACAUUUUUAUUGUAUAGAUUCUUUGCGUUUAUGCUUAUCAUUAACAUUUCAGAAAAAUCUUGUCAGAUACAUCGAAGGAUUCAUUUUUUUGUUAAAGGAAACUGAAAUUUGUUGGUAUAUCAGAAAAAAAUCUUGUUAAAACCAUCAGUGCUAUAAGUCCGAUUUACAUGACCAGAUGUGGAAACCUCUGAAGAAACAUAUGGUUUCAUUCGUCUUAAUAAACUUGAGCUUAAUAAACUUG